CUUGUCUGUCCGCCGCGUGUUCGUAUGAAACACCUCACAUAUGCGCGUUGAAUCCGGCGAGGCCGGCCAAUGUCUUUCGCGAUCGGAGAUACUCUGGUCUGCCGUAACAAGGUACUGCCGAGCAUAGGGUCAGAGCGCAUGCCAACAUUGAAAUACUCAUUGUCCGCAAGAACUUAACCUCCGCAACUUCAAGACAACAUGCGCCAUCUCGUCCGGACAGCUCCGCGACUGUAUGCGCCUCUGUCUAUUAGAGCGUGCAGCGCCAGUGUGCAGCAUGGUCCGCAACGGCGCCAGUACUCCGGUCGAGAUGUCCCACCCACGCGCAGCUGGCUGCCCGUACCCUUCGUGACAGAACAGAUAGCCGGAGCUAGCCACACCACAGAUCUAUUCAGUCGGCUGCUGAAAGAACGAAUUGUCGCUGUCUAUGGCGAAGUCGACGACCGGAUGGCCGCGACUGUCACCGCAUCACUACUCUACCUCGAGUCCGAAAGCGAUCAACCUAUCUCCAUGUACAUCAACUCACCUGGAGGAUCUGUCACUGCAGGCCUCUCGAUCUACGAUUGCAUGAACUACAUCGUCCCCGAAGUUUCGACUCUGGUCCUAGGUCAGGCGGCCUCAAUGGGUAGUCUGAUUCUUGCUGGCGGCAGUGCCGGAAAACGAUAUUGUUUACCUCACUCAAGCAUAAUGCUACAUCAACCGAGCGGCGGCUACUUUGGCGUUGCGGCGGACAUUGCUAUACAUGCGAAGGAGAUCCUUAGAGUCAGGACACAGCUCAACCAAAUAUACGAGAGACACUUGACGGGGAAAAAGAAAAAGACACUGGAAGAAAUCGAGAAGAUGAUGGAACGGGACUACUUCCUGAGCGCACAAGAAGCAUUGGACCUUGGUGUGGUCGAUCAGAUACUCGAAAGCAGGAAGAAGGCACCUCCGAAGGACGAAGACAAGUGAAAAGUCAAAGCGAUGGGCUAGAGUCUCUGAUCUUCUGAGGAAGUUGAGCUUCAGCCGGGCCGUAGACAAGAGCCAUGUAUCGAUAUUGAGAGGAC